GUUUUCAGGUGAUUACAGUUUCUGAUAUUGAUUAGUAAACAGUUGACUGGGAAUGAGAGUGGAAUCAUCAUGUUGAGUGAUGCAUGUUAGGUGUUACUAAUUCGCUGAAAAAAUGUCGAGAAUUACUAAGUGGAAGGUAGAGAAGACGAAAGUUAAGGUGGUUUUUCGGCUCCAAUUCCAUGCUACACAUAUUCCACAAUCCGGGUGGGAUAAAUUGUAUAUCUCUUUCAUCCCUGCCGAAACCGGGAAGGCUACAUCAAAGACAACCAAAGCAAAUGUGAGAAAUGGAGCCUGCAAGUGGUCGGAUCCAAUCUAUGAAACUACAAGACUCCUACAAGACAUUAGAACAAAACAGUAUGAGGAGAAGCUUUAUAAGCUCGUUGUGGGGAUGGGAUCUUCACGGUCUAGCAUCCUCGGCGAGGCCACUAUCAAUCUUGCUGAUUUUGUUGAUGCCUUGAAGCCUACAUCUCUUGCACUCCCUCUUAAUGGCAGUGAUCCUGGACCUACAUUACAUGUUACUGUGCAGCUGCUCACUUCCAAAACUGGUUUCAGAGAAUUUGAGCAGCAGAGGGAACUCACUGAGAGGGGUCUACGGGCAACCUCUGACCAAGGUUCUCAUGAGGAAUCUGCUGACGGCAAAGAUUCGUCUCCGGAUCAGAAUGUCAACAAUCAUAUGCAUAAGGUCAAUUCAAGACUGAAACUGAAAAGAGAAUCUAAAGAUAUUCCUCGAAUUUCUUCUCUUGAAAGAGAAUCAGGGGUUAAUGAAGAUUAUGCAGAUUUGGCUGCUGGAUAUGAUGGUUCCUCUACUACUUCAGAAAGUGCAUAUACUGAGAAGCAUGAUGUAUCCAGUACACAUGAAAUUGACAGCCUUAAAAGCAUGGUAUCUGGCGAUUUAGUUGGACAAAGCUCGCAGCCGGAAAAAAGAGAUGCACCUGAUGGCCAGGUCCCGUCACAAGGUAGCCAUUGGGUCCAUGGUUGGAGUGCAGACUAUUCAGCAUCAGAUAACUUGACUGCUCCUUCAGAAGUUAACAGUAGUCUUAAAGGAAACUUAGGCGCGGUCGAGUCAUCUAUUCUUGAUCUGAAGCUGACAGUGAGCUCUUUACAAAAUCAUGCUGAUGAAAUAGGUGUUGAAACACACAAAUUCUCCAAGCAACUAUCUGCUGAGAUUUCCUCGGGAGAAGCGCUAGCAAAAGAGGUUGCUGUACUAAAAUCGGAGUGUUCAAAGUUUAAAGAUGAAAUUGAGCAGCUCAAAAGUUCCAAGUUAAGCUUAUUACAUGGUCUCAGAGACCUGAGAGAAACGGGUCGGGAAAAGUUCUUUCAGAAGUUACCACUUAAAUGUCUAAAGGGGCUUUUGCUCAUGGAAGAUAAGGUAAGAGCUAUUCAGAAGGCGUCGAUGGGAUUUCCAGAAAGGGAUUUUAGGUUGCUUAACUUGGAGUUAGAAUCACUGCUUGAGAUUUUGCGGGAUCUCAAACAAGAAUCUAGAGAGCCUAUUUCAGAAGCUGAUGUUGCGAAUGAAAGGGAGAACAAGAAAAUGGAUUUACAAAAAGGUGAACAAUAUUUAACAGACAUCGGGUCUGAUGUGGGUUUGUUUCAACCUGAAGGCAUGGCUCAUUAUCUUACCAUACCUGGCAUUAUGUCUCAUGAGGCUGAUCCGGUGGAUCCAACCAUUGCUAUGAAAGCAAAAAUUUUUGAACUCCUAAGAGAGCUAGACGAUUCCAAAACCGAAAGGGAAGGCCUCAUUAGGAAAAUGGAGCAGAUGGAGUGCUAUUAUGAAGCUCUUGUUCAGGAACUUGAGCAGAGUCAACGGCAGUUGAUGGCCGAGUUGCAGAACCUCAGGAAUGAACAUUCUACUUGCAUAUACACAAUUGCUGCUAGUAAGGAUGAGAUGGAGAUAAUGCAUCGGAACAUGAAUGAACAGAUAAUGAACUUCUCUGAAGACAAGCGCAUUUUGGAGUCUAUCAGCAGUGAGUUUGAAAAAAGAGCUUUGUCUGCUGAAGCAGCACUCAAAAGAGCAAGGUUAAACUAUUCUAUAGCUGUUGGUCAAUUACAAAAGGAUCUUGAAUUGCUUUCUUGCCAGGUUCUUUCUAUGCAUGAGACAAAUGAGAAUCUUAUAAAGCAAACUCUUUCAGAUUCUCCCCUUCCAGAUACUGAUGGUUUCCGAGAACCAGUGAAAUAUCUGAACAAUUCUGAAGGCCAUAUCUCCAAUCUCCCAUCCCAAAAUCACAGUUCUUCCUUAAAUAGACAACAUUUUGGUGAAGACAUUUUACUAAGCGAUUUGAAAAGAUCCCUUAAGGCACAAGAAGAUCUAUACAAACAAGUUGAAGAAGAAAUCUGCCAGAUGCAUUUUGCAAAUAUAUAUUCAGAUGUUUUUUCAAAGGCUCUCCAAGAAACACUGCUUGAAGCAAGUUGUGACAUUCGAAUUUUGAAAGAGGAAGUCCUUCAACUGUCUCAGCAGCUGCAAGUCUCAAAUGAAUCUAAUGAGUUAUUGGUGCUGAGGCUGCAGAAUGCUAUGAAUGAUAUCCUCUCACUGAAUGAGUACAAGGAGAUUUGCACAGCCAAGAGCAAUGAUGUUGCUCACCAGAACCAAAUUUUACAAGUAAAUUUGAAUGAUCUUUCUCAUGAAAACAGUCUUCUUACUCAGAAAAUCAAUGAGUUGGAUGUUCUUCUGAAAGAGUCUAGGAGUUAUGAAGGCAAAUACAUGGCAUGUACUACAGAAAACUCAGAGAUAAGAAGUAUGUUAAAAAAAGAGAGCCUGGAAAAUGGUCAUCUUCGUGAAGAAAUAUCAAUUCUGCAUGGAGAAUUAGAAGCUGUCAGAAAUAAAUUUGAUGAGAUGGCUUCUUUGAAGGAUAAUCUUCGGAAGAAUGUCAGCUUUUUGUCUAAUAAGCUUCAGAAAUUGCUGGCAUCAUAUGAUGAUACAUUCAGUGAAAUUUCUUUUCGAGGUACAUCUGAUUCGGAAUGUAAAGAGUUAGAAGGUAUUUUGUUGCGGUUGGAAGAGGUACAACAGAGAACACGUGACAGGAUUCUGCUACUCAUUGAAGAGAAACAAGUUUUAGUGGAUGAAAAACACUCGGUUCAAGUAUCUUUAAAUGCCGCAGAAUCGGAUGUUCUAGUCAUGAAACAGAAGUUUGAGCAUGAUUUGAACGAGAUGCUAAGAAAGAUAACUGAGUCUAGUGCCCGAUUGCAGAAACUUAAGAUUGAUUUUGAGGUGAUUGUCAACAGGAUCAAUGCUGGUUUUGGAUUUGAAGAAACCUUCUCUCAGCAUCACAAAGAAUUUUUGUCCAGUCGUGAUCACUUAGAAGCUGAGGUACAGCAACUUAACUCCCGAAAUCAGGACAUUGCUCAAGAAAUUUCAAAGCUCAAUAUGCUAUCUGGUGACCUUGAAAUGUGUAAGCUCCGCUUAGCAGCAGUCACAGAGGAAAAGGAAGCAUUGGAGUUGUCUAUACAAGACAAAACUGAAGUAUCUGCAAAGAUUUCAUCCGAGCUUGUUUUUUCAAAGGAAAGUUUGCAUUCUCUGCAAAAUGAGUUGCAUAGUGAGAAACAGUUAAGAGAGAAAUUGGAGAGAACAGUUUCAGAUCUUACCACAGAAUUGAAGGAGAAGCAAUCUCAGCUGCAGGAACUUGCUCAAGAAAUUUUAAAGCUUGAUACGUUAUCUAGUGACCUUGAAUUGUGUAAGCUCACCUUAGCACAUGUCACAGAGGAAAAGAAAGCUUUGGAGUUGUCUUUACAAGACAAAACAGAAGUAUAUGUGAAGAUUUCAUCCGAGCUUGAUUUUUCAAAGGAAAGCUUACAUUCUUUGCACAAUGAGUUGCAUACUGAGAAAAUGUUGAGAGAAAAAUUGGGGAAAGAAGUUGCAAAUCUGACUGCAGAAUUGAAUGACAAGCAAUGUCAGCUGCAGGAUUCUGAUAUGACCAGACAAGAAAUGAUCCAUCUUAAGCAACUGGUUGCAGACUUAGAAUUUGAGAAAUCAAGAAUAUCUGAUCUUCUACAAGAAUCCGAGGAACGUCUUGAACUUGCCUUAAAAGAAUCUUCAUCUUUUACUUCCCUAGCAACUCACUUUUCUGAACUGCAUGAAUUUUCGAUAGCCACAGAUGUCGUUGCUACUUUUACUAGAGCUCAAUUGGCGGAUCAUGUUGUGGAGCUUAGUGAGAAACUACAUUCCGCUAGUCAGCAACUUGACAUCCUUCACAAGAAGAAUCUUGAUGUAGAAUCUGAAUUGAAUAGCUGCCUUUGCAGAGAAUUGACUUGCAUUGAAGAAAACAAAAGAUUGCAGACAAGUCUUGACUCCCUGAAAUCAGAGUUAGAUGCCACUUCUGCUCAAAAGAGAGCAUUAAUUGAUCAAAAUGAUGCAAUGAUAUCCGAGCUGGAGGAGCACAAGAGUCGAACAGAGAAUGUCAACAAUACUUUUAUCCACGAAAGCCAGCUUGUCCUUGAGGUUGAAAGGCUGGGGAACUUGCUGGAGUGUUCUAGCGGAGACGGUGAGGAACUCUUUUUGUUGAAGGAAGAAGCUGAACUCAAGUGUUUAGUCCUUCAGGCCAAAUUACAUGAACUGGAAACUGCUAUGACUUCAUUGAAAGACGGAGAAUUGGUAAGGCUGGAAAACCAAUGUAAUGAACUUUCCAAGAGGCUUUCCGAACAGGUUCUUAAGACAGAGGAGUUCAAAAAUUUGUCCCUUCAUUUGAAGGAGCUGAAGGACAAGGCUGAAGCCGAGUGUCAUAAUGCUCGUGAGAGAAGAGGAAAUGAAGGACCACCUGUUGCUAUGCAGGAGUCUUUGAGAAUUGCAUUUAUCAAAGAACAAUAUGAAACAAAGUUGCAAGAACUGAAACAGCAACUCUCUUUGUCGAAAAAGCAUAGUGAGGAAAUGCUGUGGAAACUGCAAGAUGCAAUUGAAGAACUUGAGAGCAGGAAAAAGUCUGAAGCUUCUUGCAUAAAACUUAAUGAAGAACUGGGAACGAAGAUCUUGGAAUUGGAAGCUGAGCUACAGGCUGUAAUUUCGGACAAACGAAAUUUGUCAAAUACUUUUGACCUGGUAAAGGCUGAAAAGGAGUGCUCAUUGAUAUCUCUCGAAUGCUGUAAGCAGGAAAAGCAAGAACUUGAAGCUUCACUUCUGAAAAGCAAUGAGGAGAGGUCCAAAAUUGAAGUGGAGCUCACCUCAGCAAAGCAAUUGCUUGAAAGUUUGAGAUCUGAUGUGAGAGAGAAAUCUAAUCACACAGCUAGCAGUCGAGAGCUAGAGAGUACAAAUAUGCAACCCGAGGAUCCUCUUGCAAAUGGAUGCGAAACUCUUGAAAGUGAAGACUACUCACAACAAAAAGAAGAAAAGCACGCGGAUUUAAUUAGAAGUUUGAAAUCUAGCAUGGACAACUUGAAUAAGGAGUUGGAAAAGAUGAAAAAAGAGAAUUCAACUCCUUCAGAAGAUGGUUAUAGCAUUGAACUUACUUUUCCCAAUCUGCAAAGAGAAUUGGUGCAGCUACAUGAAGCUAAUCAAGAAUUGGGAAACAUAUUCCCUGUGUUCAAGGAAAUAUCUGUCACUGGCAAUGCAUUAGAAAGGGUUCUUGCUUUGGAGAUUGAGCUUGCUGAAGCAUUGCAGACCAAGAAGAAAUCAAGCAUGCAAUUUCAGAGUUCUUUCUUGAAACAACACAGUGACGAAGAAGCAGUGUUCAGAAGCUUCAGGGACAUCAAUGAGCUGAUUAAGGACAUGCUGGAACUGAAGGAAAGACAUUCAGCUGUGGAAACAGAACUGAAAGAGAUGCAUGAACGUUACUCUCAACUAAGCCUUCAAUUUGCAGAAGUUGAAGGUGAAAGACAAAAGCUCAUGAUGACACUCAAGAAUACUAGAUCUUCCAGGAAAGCUCCAAAUUCACCUGAUUCCUUGUAGCCAAAGUGAGACAUCAUCAUCAUCAUCAAUUUUUUUUCUCACCCUUGCACAGGUUAAUAAUCUAUGCAUAUUCUUGGUCAAGAUAUUUGUGGCCCCACCAUGAAUGUUACUCAUUACUCUUUCGGGUUCAAAAUAUCUGUUAAUUUGGAUAAAGUGUCUACACUGAAAAAAUCAAUGAAUUGUUCAAAUACAUUGGUUUUUGAUUGAUUACUUUGUACAAAUUGACAGAUAAUUUUGAAAUGGAAGAAGUACAUAGGGUAUGCUUAUAAGGGGCUUCAUUCAUAGUUCAUAAGCUAUAGCAAGAGUUUAAUAUAGAUAUAUAUUUUUGCAAGGGUUGGUAUGGUAUCACAUGAUUAUCAAAGCUGAGAAGCAGAUAAUAAUUUGUGUAAAUAAGAAUAGUGUUUUGUCUUUUGCAACUAGAAUCCUAGUAUAUAUUGUAACAUCUUUUACCCAAGCCUUCCAGUGGUGUAAUUGUUUUUUUUCUGUACAGGAACAAUAUCUUACAAGAUUAUUUCUAUUUAGAAAAAGGGAAUUAUGAGAACUGUUUCGUCU